CCUAGUAAUAUUGACCGUCGAAAAUGUCACGAUUUGUAUUGUGUUAAUUCACCCUUAACUGACGUCUUCAAGGUUUAACACACGGGAACACCUUCUAUUUGCCAUGUUUCGCCUCAUUCCCUUUCUUACCCUCUUCUUGGUACCAGUCACACUUUGUGUGGAUCCCACAGAUAUCAUCAGGCAGAACCGCCUGUGGAUGAACUCAGGUUUGCUUCGCCCAAACCACCUAAGUAUUGGAACGGUAUACGGAAUGCUACGGAAUAUUCAGCUGUCUGCCCUCAGCCAACUCACUCCCCACGCUUCCAGCCACUGUAUGAGAAUGAUACAGUCUCAGAGGACUGUCUUUACCUAAACAUCUACCGUCCUGCGCAUUCUCACCACAGGCUGCCCGUCAUGGUCUGGCUACAUGGCGGCGGUAAUUACGUAGGGUCUGGGAACUGGUAUCAUAGCUCCGUGCUUUCGUCACACAAUGACAUCAUCGUGGUAACGCUUAACCACCGCCUCGCUUUGUUUGGCUUCCUGUAUAUUUCUGGCACAGACCUCGCUGGGAAUUAUGGGUAUCUAGACCAAGUACAGGCUCUUAAAUGGGUGCAUCAGAAUAUUGGUAACUUUGGUGGGGACCCGAACAGUGUGACCAUAUUUGGCGAAAGUGCGGGCGGCGCGAGUGUUCACUUUCAUAUUAUGUCGCCCAUGUCUGCAGGGCUUUUCCACAAAGCUAUCAUACAAAGUGGAAAUGCUAACAGCAACUUUGCCUUUCAUUCUCCGGAUUCUUCGGAUUACGAUUGGAUAAUAAAUGAGCUUGGUUGUCCUGAUAAAAAGAAUUUGCUGCGCUGUUUGAGAACAAAGAAAGUCGAAGAAUUUAUGAAGCUAAUGCGCCCAUUUUCAUUUAGGAAACUCGGUUUCUUGCUUCCUGUUACCUCUGUGGAUGGGCAGUUUGUCCCUGACGAUCCAAGAAAUCUUCAACAAACUCACCAAUUUAAUAACCUCACCUCAAUCAUGAUUGGGUUUACCAAAGACGAAGCCAAAUUCUUGUCUAACGAUUUAAACCCCAUGACAUUUGAACUGUUCGAGAAAAUCGUCCAACAUUUGCAUUUAUAUGGGGAUUGUGAGAUUGUGAAGAAAGCAGUCUUGCAUAGAUACAAAAACCAUACAAACCCACAAGAAAACAUGUAUGAAAACAUCGCUCGCCUCUUUGGAGACAUGGCUUAUUUUGCCCCAAGUGUACUUACCGCCGAUUCCUUUUCAUCUGCUGGUAUCCCCACGUAUAUGUAUCAGUUUUCCCAUCGUUCAUCAUUCUCGAAUUUCCCUGAAUGGCUUGGAGUGCCACACUUUGAUGAGUUGCAGUAUCUGUUUGGGUCCCCAUGGCAACCCAACCCAAGGCUAGAUUCUGCAUCCAGGUACUCCUUGGUCGAGAGAGGGCUUAGCUCGUAUGUGAUGGCACUUUGGACAGGUUUUGCAAAAGAUAGAAUUCCGGAUGGUUUGGUAACCUGGCCUCGUUAUACGAGCGCGAGACAAGAGUACAUCAACAUUGGCCUGGCGCCUAGCAUCCACCAUCACUUUCAGGCCGACCGCAUUGCAUUCUGGAACAAAUUCGUUCCAUUGCUGGCGAAGCAUUGUAGGGAGAAAGAAAACAAGAAAUAGAAAAAGGAAGAUGACCGGUUUAGGAACUUUAACAAACAGCGAAACCCAGAUACAACGACACGCUUCUGAGUGUGCGUAUGUCUACGUAGCGUUGUGGAAAUCGAAACAAAAAAUCAACACAGGAUACCACUUUUCACUUGUGUUGACUUACUCUUACAUUCCCGAUACCACCACGCCUGCGCCGACCACCAUUUUUAUUCUUCGGCUUAUCUUUCUAGUUAUACCUGUACACUUAAAAGACUAAUUUUUGUCUAUCUUCUGAAACUGAAACCUUAGAGAUAACACUGCCUCGAACUGUCGGCAUGGUCUGGAGUGUUUCCCAAAAAUAAAAAUUAUAAAAAGGAGUAGCAA